UCAUAAAUCGACGAAGUAAUUACAUAAAGGAAAAAAUGGAAUCGUCGAAUACUACCUCACCAAUUAAAACUUCCACCACAAACGUAAUAACAUUGUCAAAUAUAGCGAGUAUUGGCUGGCGCAAGUAUACGUACACUUGUCCCUCCGACAAACUCCGCUCUUUUAUUACUUCCGCUCCUUCAGUUUCUUCCUUCAUAGACACUUCCAAUUUUUCAAUAGUAAACGAUCCUAUUGUGACUAAUUACAUAGCCUUACUUGACCAAGGCAUCCCAUGUACAUGGCAAUAUAAUGAUGAAUCGAAAAAGAACUUUGAAAUUUUCACUGAAAAUAACACAAUUCAAAGAGAGUUAUGGGUUUUCUGGCUUGGUAUACAAGGAGAUUUUCCUUCUAAUUUAAAUAAUUUGCAUCAAUUAGAAG